AGAGGUAGACAUCUAGAGCUCCUUCAGCAUGGGACCCUCGUCUGCCGCAUUUCUGAUUUUGAUUGUAACUCUCCUGAGCUCGGGGGUCACACCUCUGCCGACAAACAAAGUAACAGAGUAUGAUGUAGAUGGUGGAAAAGAGGAUCUCUUUGAGGUCAAUCGAGCGGCUGGACUGGACCUCUUCGAGGGAGAUAUUUUAUAUAACGAGAAACAAGGGAGGAACUCCUUAAUUGGGGAUGAAUACUUAUGGCCCACCACUGUCCCGUACUAUUUCGAGGAUGAUCUGGAUAUCAAUGCUAAAGGUGUAAUAAUGAAGGCGUUUGAACAGUAUCGCCUGAAGACCUGCAUAGACUACAAACCCUGGAGCGGAGAAAAGAACUACAUCUCCGUGUUUAAAGGCAGUGGGUGUUUCUCCUCAGUGGGGAACCAGCGUAAGGGAAAGCAGGUUUUAUCCAUCGGGGCAGGAUGUGACCGAAUCGCCACCAUCGAGCACGAGUUCCUUCACGCCCUGGGGUUCUGGCACGAGCAGUCACGUGCCGACAGGGACGACUAUGUCACCAUCAUGUGGGAUCGCAUUGAACAAGGAAAAGAGCACAACUUUAAGAAGUACACUGAUGCCACAUCCAGCUCCCUGAACGUUCCUUAUGACUACGGCUCGAUGAUGCACUACAGCAAAAACUCCUUCCGCAACGGCACCGAGCCCACCAUCGUCACCAACAUUCCCUCCUUCAGCGACGUCAUCGGCCAGCGCAUGGAGUUCAGCGACAGCGACCUGCUCAAGCUCAGCAGGCUUUACAACUGCACAAGAACCAAAACUUUCCUGGACACCUGUGACUUUGAGCUGGAGAAUAUUUGUGGGAUGAUCCAAGGUCAGGGUAAGCAGUCAGACUGGGUACGUGUCAGCAAGGCAACUGGGGGACCUGACAUGGACUAUUCCAACAUGGGACGCUGUACUGGCACAGGCUAUUUCAUGCACUUCAGCACCAUCAAUGGCAACGAAGGGGACACGGCUCUGUUAGAAAGCAGGCUGCUCUACCCAAACCGCAACUACCAGUGCCUCCAGUUCUUCUACUACCACACAGGAAACACCAAUGACACGCUGGAGAUCUGGGUAAGAGAAUAUACCGAAGCCGAUGCUAUUGGAACACUACGCAUGAUCAAGACAAUCGACGUACUGCCUGAGAAGUUAUGGCAUCUCCACCACGUUAGCCUAGACGUCUCUACAAAGUUCCGUGUGGUAUUUAAAGGCACCAAGGGUGCUGGGAACUCAAUGGGUGGACUCUCGUUGGACGACAUCAAUCUUUCGGAGACCACCUGUCCAGAACACGUGUGGCGGGUCAAGAACUUCAAAAGUGUCAUGGAGAACACGCCCCCCGACACUGCUAUAUACAGUCCACGCUUUCGCUCGAAGUAUGGCUACACCUUCCAGAUGAGCUUGUACCCCAAUGGAACUAAGACUUCUCCUUUGGAGUUGGGAACCUAUGCCCAUCUGACGUCUGGUGAUGAUGUCAUUGAUGCUAAUCUCACUUGGCCCUGCCCGUGGAUGCAGAUGACCAUGAUGCUCAUGGAUCAGAACCCGGACAUCCGAAAACGCAUGUCCAACCAGAGAAGUGUCACAACUAACCCCAAUGAGAAACUAGAAGUAGACAAUGCAACUACAAUAUUAUUCUGGGACAACCCACGAAAAACUGGAAUAGAAAUAACUGAUGGCGAUGGGACUAAAUACUUCAGAGGACCAGGAUUUGGAACAUCUGCAUAUCUGACUCAGGCCAGAGCACGCAGCAGAGAUUUUAUUAAGGGCGGUGAUGCCAUUUUUCUCCUCAGCAUGGAAGAUAUAUCUCACCUGGUUCCUUCUCAGCCUAUCCCCACGACCCCUACAACCACUACAACACCAACAACCCCUACAAACGAUCUAUGCAACUCUGUAAAAUGUGGAAACGACGGAGUGUGUGUGAUUGAGGACGGUGGAAAAGCAGCUUGCAGGUGUGCUGUAGGUAACGACUGGUGGUACUACGGGGACAGGUGCCAGUUCAAGAGCUCAAACCAGGACGGCGUGGUGACGGCAGCCGUGUCCUCGGUCGUGGUCUUUGCAGUCAUGUUGGUGGUUACCAUAGUAAGCGUGGUGUGUCUGAAAAAAAAGUAUAAGAAGAAAAUGAAGGAGGUGGAUGGUGGCAUUAUCAUGCAGAACAGCUAUGGAAAGUAACAGCGCAAAACUAAUAGGCAUCUACAGCACACCCAUGUACACUUCAAUAAUACAAACCCAAUGGACAUUUUGGAACCCCAAUUCACUUACAAACCUGUUGCUGAACGUUGGAAAGAUACUGGACACAUCAAAGAAAAUCCACAUGGACAUGAAGAACUUGUAAAACUGUACCCAAACUCAGAAUCAAACCGGGAACCCCACCGUUACCCCAAGUGGCAACACUACCCUUCACUCACAACCAAUAUAUAAGCAGUACUGCCCUCUUGUGGUUGAUCUGUGCUAUAACUAUAACCCCAUAAUUUCAAGCAAUAAAUUUAGCAAAAUUGUGUCA